CAGGAACUGACCAAGGCCCGCCUAGGUAGCCUUGCACCGCAGUGUAACGAACUGAAGGACGCCUACGAGAGCUGUUUCUUUGAUUUCUUCCCGCGUUUCCUGAGUGGAGAGCGCUUCCAGCAGGACCCUUGCUCUGAACAACUGGCCGCCUACAGAGAUUGCCUGCGCGGCCACCUCGCAGGCAUGGGCUUCAACCUGAAGACCCUGGAUGAGCACAGGCUGUCUGCCGCGGAUUUAGCCGAGGCCAUGAGUGCCGCUUCAACGGAAAAGCCAAGUGCCAGUGGGAAGUCCUAG